AUGCGCGUCGAGCGCCGUCGCUGUUGCGUGAUCUGCCCGGCCGCCGACGAGGAAGAUGAGCAAGGUUUCAGGCAUGAAGCGGAAGAAGGUUCCUACGAAAAAGCGUUCGUCCACUCCAUCCGCCCCGGCGAGACGUUCCCGACGGUGCCUUUCUACGACGCUGCUUCCACCGUUGGCGAGGUCGGUGGUUCUAACAAUGCCGUUGUCGAGGGCGUGGCUCAUCUUUAUCAUGAAAUAUGUAAGGCCGAAGGCUUACUGCCGGAUAGCCCAGUCAGUGCUCCGAAUAGUCCUUCCAGUGAUCCGAAUAGUCCUUUUCUCGGGGAUACCUGCCCUCGAUCAGUUGUUGACGCCUUUCAGCAGCCUGCUCCGAAUCAGAAUUUAUUGGAGAACCCAUUGGAUCAAUUUACCAUUCAGCCAAUAAUUGAUCUGAAUGUGGGCAACUAUUAUUUAUCAUUUACAAAUCAGUCCUUGUAUAUGCUGCUCACUUUCGUUUUGGUCGUUUUUCUGUUUUUUGUUGUUACGAAAAAGGGAGGUGGAAAGUCAGUGCCAAAUGCAUGGCAAUCCUUGGUCGAGCUUAUUUAUGAUUUCGUGCUGAACCUGGUAAACGAACAAAUAGGUGGUCUUUCCGGAAAUGUGAAACAAAAGUUUUUCCCUCGCAUCUCGGUCACUUUUACUUUUUCGUUAUUUCGUAAUCCCCAGGGUAUGAUACCCUUUAGCUUCACAGUGACAAGUCAUUUUCUCAUUACUUUGGCUCUUUCAUUUUCCAUUUUUAUAGGCAUUACGAUCGUUGGAUUUCAAAGACAUGGGCUUCAUUUUUUUAGCUUCUUAUUACCUGCGGGAGUCCCACUGCCGUUAGCACCUUUCUUAGUACUCCUUGAGCUAAUCUCUUAUUGUUUUCGUGCAUUAAGCUUAGGAAUACGUUUAUUUGCUAAUAUGAUGGCCGGUCAUAGUUUAGUAAAGAUUUUAAGUGGGUUUGCUUGGACUAUGCUAUUUCUGAAUAAUAUUUUCUAUUUCAUAGGAGAUCUUGAAGAAGGAGUGACCCUAACGACAACCCCUAUAAUAGUAGACAACACGUUUUAA